AUAUUUUAACCUUACAAAUAUCUCGACAUUAUCUAAAUAAAACAAAUGUGGAAACCGACCUCAAGAGAUAGCAUAUGUCAAUGUUCAAAAGGUUCCUCUUAACACAAAAUCGAAGAGAAAAUUGAAAGAAGUCAUCAUAUUCCAUAUGCAUUCGAGAUAGUUUUCAAUUAGGACAAGGUUGUUAGAAAUCGAACUCUCUUUACAAACAAGGAAGUUUUCUCAAGUUAGGAAGAUGCGUUAGAAGUACUUUCGUUAGAUUACUUUAUUCCAACCAUCUUCGAGAGUGAUUUUAGAAUGACCAAAAUCACCUUUGUUUGGCCGUUUUUAGUUAUUUUGAUCACGACGAACAUGUUUUGACCGUUCUAAAAUUACAUCAAAAGGGAUCUUCUUUCUCCAAUAAAGCUCCUCGCUAAAGCUGAUUUUGAACUUAAACUCACAGAUUGUCAAAAUUGAUGGCUUUUUGAGGAUUCUAAACACAAACUUCUGAAAAACUAUUGCUUGUUUCCACAAGAUAUGUACUACAAAGAAUCUUUCUUUAUGGCUUUUCUUGGGCAACAAGCACUAAAGCAUCUAGCCAAAGUGCAUAUAGAAUAAUUCCCAGAGCCCUCUCUCUGUUUCUAUUGGCUAAAACUAUCAGUGCGUGAACCAUUCGUUGUGUUCUAUAACAAGCAACCUUGACUUCAAGCCAUUGAUACUCACCUUCUUCAAACCUUCCUAGCAAUAAUCAAUCAUUUACCUUCGAAUCUGUUUAGAACUUCAUAAAAGAGUGCAGAAAUACCAACAAAGAAACAUAGCUUAACUACAAUUGGAAAGAUGGUUCCAUUGGUUAGCAAACUAUAUUGUUCAUCUACUGAGGUUGUGUAUGUUGUUAGGAAGAGACCACAUGUCAUUAACGGAGGAGGUUUCGUGGUGACAAAUUGUGAUCAGAAAGUUGUUUUCAGUGUUGAUGGGUGUGGGAUUCUGGGAAAAGCAGAGGAGCUGAUUCUAAGAGAUGAGAGGAGGGAUGCUUUGCUUUUGAUCCGUGGGAAGGGAGGGAUUUUUGAGGCUCUAAGCUUUAAUAAGAUAUGGAAUGCUUACCGAUACGACUUUCAAGGAUCCAAAAAGCUGGUUUUCAGCUUGAGAAAGCCCAAGUCAUGUCUUCCUGUGGACAAAGAUACUGGAAUUAGAAUCACAACAAAACCAAACCUCGGCAAGAAAGAUUGGGACUUUGAGAUCAGUGGAUACUUCCCUGGUAAAGAAUGCAGCAUCAUUGAUUCUCAAGGCAAUUUAGUAGCUCAGAUUGGAAAGAAUAAAAAGGCUGGAGUCCUGUUGAGCAAGGAUCUCUACUAUGUGUCAAUAAAACCUGGAAUUGAUCAGGCUUUUGUUGUUGGAGUCAUUGCCAUUCUCGACAACAUCUAUGGCGAAUCAACCAGCUGCUGAAUUCAUAAAAGGGACGACAAUCAAGAGGGGAGGAUGGUAAUUGCUCGUCCUCUUCCAUUUAAAGAAUGCAGCUCAAAGUUUCAGUUGUGAUUAAAUUGGAGAUUUGUGGCAGCACUCCAUUUCACGAUAGUCUCCAUGAACUGGGUCUGCAUUUUUUGUUAACUGCAAUCUAUUCUUCUAACUUUUGUAGAUGUCCGUGUAAAUGUAAUUAAACUUUUAGCUUCUCUAGUGCCUUUAAUCUUCCAUAUGCCUUGCAUUAGGAUGCUUGCUACCAUAUAAGAGUAGAUCAAGCAGGCCCUUCUCCUGGAAGUCAUUAUAACUGUGGGAAAAGAUGAAGGCAACUGUAGCAGAAUAUUCAAGAACAGAAACAAUAGAAUUAAAGAAUCAGGCGCUUGCAUAUCGGCAUUUUAGCAUUGUUGUCCAUCAAAGGGAAAACACAUACGGUCUACGUUACAUGUAACGAGCAGAUGAAAAUCAGAGAACAAAUUGCAGAUUCGCACUUCAGUGUUCCCUCUACAGAUAAGUUUCUGAGUGCUUCCUUCUAUACGUAUCAAGAACACUUUAUCUUCAAAUCACAACAACUACAAGGAUUGAGGGAAGAAAACGUAGAAACAAGCUUUUCCAUUCAAUAUGUAAACAAACUGUAGAUUACUUGGAUGUACAUGGAAUAUAAAGCAAAAUGAGCCCGUAAGGUUGAUACUUGUAAAUAAAAAUAUAAAUAAGUACCCGAUUAAUUUCUUCGACGUUCCCAUCUGUCCGAUCAUGAAUGCAUUCGCAGGGGGAACAUCUCAAAUAAA